AUGUUGACUAAAAAUAAAUUUUCCUUCCCUCUAAUUUUAUUUUUUUCCAUUUAUUUAUUUUUCUGUUUAAAUUGGAAUUUUGUUGAAUCGAAAAAUUUGGAAAGCCGAAAACCUGAAAUUUCAAAAAUUAAAAAAAUUUUAACCAAAAGAGGAAGAAAAUUUAAUUUUAAUAAAACUGACAAGUUAACUUCAAGGAAAUUAAAUGGGGAAUUUUUUGUUGAUUUUGCUUUGGUUGGUUACUAUGAGGAUAUUGAGUUCAGUGGAUAUGAGAUUUUGUAUUACUUAGAUUUUUGUUAUGACGAAGAAAAAUAUUUUCAAAAUUAUUGUGAUUUGGAUAAGAUGAGUAAACCAAUUAAUGCUACAUUUGAUGUAAGUCAAGCAACUUUUGGUGUAGGUAUUCGGGGUGCAAUUAGAGUUUCUCUAAUGCUUGGGGGUUUGGGUUUCAAUUUUUCUGUGACAAGGUUCGGUGGAGGUACUUUGAAUUUCUUUAUGAGAUAUACCCCAAGUCUAUAA